AUGCGGGGUGGUAUGAUAAGUCUCAAUCCCCGGGACGGAGUCCAUUUUAUUCAAUAUAAUGAUCAAGAUUGAAACGCGAUAAUUCUGGUACAGCCGCUCGCCAUGGCUGAUCCCCUCUCUCUUGCUGCCAGUAUCGCCGGUCUAAUCUCACUUGCCGAUCUUGUCUUCAAAACCACAUACAAGUUUGUCAGAGCCGCCAAAGAUGCAAAGGAUGAGAUCCAGAGCCUUGUUGAUGAGAUCAACAAUCUCGCAAGCGUGUUGCGACGCCUUGAGGCUUUGACAUCAGAUCUGGAGGAUGAAGGGCAAUCCUUCGACCCGACAUUGAGGAACCACUAUCUUAAUCACUGUUACAAGACAUUCAACAGAAUUGAAUCAAGACUCAAAUGGCCCUUUUCAUCGUCAGAAACGAAAGAGCUUCUGGCCGAGCUGUCCCGACACAAGGAAACCAUCAGUGUCGCCCUUCUUGCUGACUCGAUGCGGAAGAUACAGCUAUCGCUCUCCAAAUCUGAUGAAAUAGACAAGAAGAUUACGGCUCUAGGAGAGGUGGCAAGAAGGAUUGAGAUCAACACCAUGAUAGCCAUCAAUGACCGAAAAAAGCGCAUUCUUGACCAUUUCAUGAAAGCGAAUCCACAACCUGCACUGCAAACAAGUAUCAGGCUUCGUCAUUCAAUGACAGGACUUUGGCUGACUGAGUCGCCAACUUUUAUUCGCUGGCUCGAAACACCAGGCUCCAAACUGUGGCUGACUGGUAUACCUGGAGCAGGGAAAACGAUCCUCGCUGGCUCCGUUAUUCAAGAGGCUCUCUCUCGCAGUUACGCUUCUCGCAGGAUAGGAAUGGCAUUCUUCUUUUGUGACUACAAGGAUUCAAAAACAUGGAACAUAGUGAAUAUCCUUGGUGCUUUGGCUUCUCAACUUGCACGUCAAAACGAUGAAUCUUACAACGUCCUGGACGCGUAUUACGAAAGUCUUUACCCACCAGGAGGACUCCCACAGACCCCAGAUGCAGACGAACUGCGAGCCCAGAUCAGUCAAAUGUGUGAAACAUUCGAUCAAACCAUCAUUGUGGUCGAUGGUCUCGAUGAGUGCGAUGAUUUGACUGAUGAAGUGGUGGACAACUUGAUUCAAGUAGCCGACUAUUCUGAGAGACUCUCAAUGGCUCUUUUCAGCCGGGAUCACUACAACAUUCGUGUACGACUCGAAGAAGAAUUUGAACCUAUCCAAAUAGCAGCACAUACUGAGGAUGUUGAGCUCUACGUCAAUGCCGAAGUUGAUAAGAGGAUUCGCACACGACAACUGCAGCUGGCCAGUGCGGAUAUGAAAGAGGAGAUCCGGAGUGCUUUGGUAGGAAAGGCCGAUGGGAUAUGGGUAGUUUGUCAGUUGGACUACCUGUGCAACUGUGCUCACGACCAAGAGCGCCGCGAGGCUUUAAGCAAGCUCCCCCCAGAUCUUCCUGAGAGUUAUCGUCGCCUUCUCGAACGAGUCAACAGCUGCUCUGUUGGUGUACAAAACAUGGUCCAGAUGUGUCUUCAUUUCAUGGCCGUAGCAGAUCCAAAGUUGACAAUAGUUGAGCUUCGACAAGCGGUCUCAACACCAGCAAUAGGUGGAACGCUAGAUGAGGGCAGCAUUGUACCGGAAUACGAAAUAAUGAAGAGGUGCAGCAGCCUCAUCCGGAAAUCUACAGAUGGGAAAUACUUCGAAUUUGCCCACUUCUCUGUCCGCGAAUUCCUGGAAGACGAGAAAGCAAUCUUUCAAACGACUGGCAUAGAAAAAUAUUGGAUUGCCCAACCCAAAAUGAACUCCCUUCUUGCUACGCAGUGCCUAAAGUUUCUUCAGAUGGAGAACUUUGAUAAGAUGCCUGAUGAGCCGAACCAACAAGUUGCUGCUACUCGUCAAAGGGACGGGAGCUACCCAUUCUACAGACAUGCCGCUCUCUUGUGGAUAAAGCUCACAAAAGACGGACUGGGUGAAUCAAACAUUCUGGAUUUAGCAAAGUCUCUGUUCCAGCCUUCCAAGCGAGCAUAUUUUAUGUGCUGGGCUGUUGAGGUCUUCAAGAAUGUUAUGUAUGCCACUGGCAUCGGGUCGAGAUUCGACACGAAGAAUGAGACCGAAAUACAGGCUUGGAGGAUAGUAAGGACCCCCUCGUUUAAGCCACUGCACAUGGCUGCUGCUUUGAAUCUUCCUGAGAUAUGCAGCUUCUUGAUCAGCAGUAGUUCGGAUGUGAACGAUAAGCUGGAUGCCGCAACCCCUCUAGACCUCGCGUUCAUGUCUAUUUUGGCAGUUCCUGGAUUGGCGGAGAUGAGUGGGGAGAAGAACCAACAUCGUGAUCUUAUGAUCAUUGGAAGAAACGAGUUCUUGCCCUCAACUCAGCGACGAGAUAUGACGAUUGACUGCCUGAUGCAUGCUGGAGCGCUUUGCUCAGACCAUUUAAUCCCCCCAAAUACGCUCUCCGUUUUAUCUAUCACCUGUUUGUUUGCAUCGAUAUUUCAUGACCUAUACCCCGUUUUUCGCUGUUUAUGCUCCCACACCACUCCCUCCGUCACUGAGGUCAAGGUACUUCAAGAAUGGCUCGUGGCCACUGAUACGUCAAAUCAUGUAGCAGAAGUAUCGACUCGCAUGCUCUUGAAAUUCCUCAGUUCAACCGGAGCAUACAGUACCGGCUGGGGUGCUGAGCUGGGCCUAAUUGUGUGGAAUUGGGCUCAAGAAUGCGACUUCUCUCUGACAAGAGAUUUGAGUUUGGUUGGUUCUUGCGCCUUGAUGUCGGACGAUAAUUUGGUUUCCCAAAUUGUUUCAGCUGUUUGCAGCGACAAUGUUGAUCUGCUCAAGUACUGUGUUGCAGAUAGGAGACUGAAGAAUCAAGUUCGACAUUCCGGUCCGGUCAAUGGGCUUUUACACCUGGCAGUCAAGCAUAACGCCUUUGAUGUCUUCAAAGCUUUGGUUAUUACAGGGUUCGAUCCCUAUACCUACAACGACAAAGGCGACUUACCAAUUCACCUGUGUGAGCGUCAAGGCAGCUUGCGCCCCUUCGAGGUCUUUAAAGAUCUUGGAAUAUCUCUUAUGAGUCAGGACCAAGAUGGCUACAACAUCUUCCAUCACUGGGCGCAAGACCGUCCCUUGAACUAUGAGUUUGUCAAUGGAAUAUUCGAGCUGAAUCCAGAAGAGGCGAUCAAAGGGCUUCAGAGAAGAACACCUCAUGGUGCUACGCCAUUGACUAUGGUGUUCGAAAGUGCUGGGGAGAGCCCAAGAAGUGAACACCGCGAUCUUGACUUGAACAAACUAUGCCUUCAGGUUCUGGGCUUACUACAGAGAUACUACCGAGAAAGGGGGAUUGAAAAAAGCCUAGAGACCGAAACAAGCGUCAACUCUCUGAGGGAGGCCUUUUCUGAGUUCGACAGUAUGAUAGGAACCGACCCCACGCCAUUGCACAAACUGAAAGCCUGGGUCUCUUUGAGUCAAGUCCAAUUACUCACAAAGAUUUAUCCAGACGCUCUUAAGUCAAGAGUUAAUGGCAGACUACCACUCGAGAAGUAUAUCACAAAUACGCUCAACAAUCGCAAGGAUCCAGAACACAAUAUCAUCAUGAGUCUUUUCCCCGAAAAUCUAAAAGACUCCGAGUUAAGCGAAAAGCAGAGCUUGUGGUACUUUGCCUGUUAUCUACCAGAUAACGACCGGUACAGCAAGGAGAGAUACGUUAACACGGUUGAAUUUGAGACAAUGAUGUUAAUCAUGUUUCGACUUGGCGCGAUGGGUACUUACGAGGAACAAUUCAAAGAAAGUGGAUUGAAACCACUUCUAUUCAACUAUCAAGCCUCACUGAUACCUGUAAUUCGCGAUGCCAUAUUGCAAACCAAUUACUGGGAUGGUAUGAAAAGCUCUGACUCGAUAUCUCUUUUAUUCCAAGAUGUCAUAAAUAGUGGCGACUUCGAUAUGAUACGACUCCUCGUCAAGAAUGGAGCCAACCCCCAUCAUCGUGUGAAUGGUCAAACACCAUUUGAAAUCGCAUUUUGCGCUCGCGUGGCGAUCGAGCUUUGUGAAAGCGAGGAGGGAACUGAGGUCCUCGAGAAUCUAUUGGAAUGUUGCAGCAUUGAUGAGAUAGUGAAGGAUUCUUCUGAAACGGACCACGGAUCACCUCUUCAUACACUUGCCACACCAGAAGACGCAACCGACAUAAUUUGGUUGGUGGAAGAACUCGUUCAACGUGGAUUCGACAUAAACUAUGUCGCGUCAGGCUUGUCUGCAGAAACACCCCUCGUCUAUCACCUCCAAAAGUCUUCUUUUCAGUUUGCAGAGAAAUUGCUAGAAUUGGGAGCGAAUCCAUAUGCUAAAGGCAAAACGUCUUUGAAUGCGGUUCUUGCGUGUGUUGUCACUCACAAUUUACCUUUUCUACAGAGGAUCCUGGAUCAGAGAACACAAACAGAGACACCGUUUGGCUGGUCCGAUCCAGUGACCUUCAAUAUUAGGCAUCUUUACCAAACAGCAGCGGUCAAAAACGGGAAUGUACUUCAUUUGGCAUCGGCCUGCAACAAUGUGACAUGCCUGGAGUUCAUACUGAAUCACGCUUCAGAAAUGGACAAGGCUUCGAUAUCAGAUGAAGGGCUAACACCAGUACAUAUCGCUGCCUAUGAAGGAUACGUAGAUGUUCUGAGGCUCCUUCUUGUAAGAGGGUUCGACACAAUGACAGAAAGUCGAUUUGGCCUCACUCCAAUGCACAUGGCCGUACUGGGCGGGAGUUUGCCUACAGUCCAAUGCUUACUUGAAUAUGGCGCAUCUCAAACUUUGGAUGCAAACGGUAGGACCCCUGGUCGGAUCUCCUUCGAGCUUGGAUUCGACGAAAUCUACGAGCUCUUGGAAGGGGACACUCGAAGUGGCUACCAAUUACUUUCUUCUGCCCAAGAACUCACCGAAUUUGUGGAACCAAGAGAGCGCUUGGCAAUGUCGUUCGAAAGAGCCAUGAAAGAAGAGGACUAUGAAAGUAUGAGACAAUUGAUCGAGAAAGGGUGCCCUGUCGAUGUCCCGCUCCCAUCAAGGCAAGGAUUAUCCGCACUUCUAGUAGCUUUGGAGGCGGAAAAUAUUGGCAUGGGGUAUUGGUUGUUACAAGAAGGAGCUAGUGCUUUACAAGAGAAUGAUGAGGGCGAAGUCGACCUGAACGUGAUUGACAUGGCUGCAUGUCGAUCAGGCCUCAAUCAUUUGUUGCCGGAACUGUUCCAGAAGUAUCUCUUGGAAGGCGGCGAUUUGCGGUUUGGGCAUGAGUUCCCAUUGCAUGAAGCAAUUGAAAACGAGAAUACGAAAGGUCUCGAGAUAUUACUUGAGGUAGCAGAAGAGCAUACACACUACAUCGGAUCUUCACAAACGUUCAAAGACGUACUGAACCGCUUGUUGUCGAGAAAGUUCUCCUGCGAAAACAGCAGGCUAAUUUGGGAACAUAGUGCAAGCACAACGGCGCUGCACAAAGCUGCGUGGAAUGGGAACAAGGAUGGAAUCUCACUCCUGUUGGAUAGGGGAGCUGAUAUCGAUGCGGCCGAUUCGAACGGGUGGACGCCUCUCAUAUACUCGAAAGAUGCUGACACAGCGCAGCACUUGGUCUCGCUUGGGGCAUCUAUGGCUGCAGUCUGCAGGUUGGGAUCAUUUGCGUCAUUGAUCAGCUGGUUCGAUGGUAGUCUGUUCGAUGAAGCGCACCCUGUCAGCUUCUCACGCUUACCGAAGGAGCUCUUGACUGUAUCAGACCCACCGCGAUUCUCGACAAUUUGCGAGGAAGUGUCGCUCAACCCUGGAACUUUGGACAAUCUAUCUAAGUUGAAGUUUGAUCUGCUGAGGGAGGAUGAGACGGGCCGGAGUAUGAUGCAUUAUAUCUUGGGCGAAGAAGAUCUAGUUGACUGGGUGUUGGGCUCCGAUCAAGAUCUCAGCGGAACGACUCCUUUUCCAUGGCACUUGGAGUGGUGUGAAUUUUCUGGUCUUGCCCUCCUAACCUCCUCAUUCGAGCGGCUUCGACAUAAAAUGCCGGCUGACCUGUUUCGCAAAGUCCUGAAUCUUGAGCCAUCUCGCGGCUGGAGUCCUCUAUGCCACGCGGCCGCUUUGAAUCGCGUUGAUAUUGUCGCGAAUUGUCUUGAGAUGGGCGCUGAUAUCGACUUUGAAGGUUCCUGUUUUGGCUCAGCGGUCAUGAAUGCAAGUGCUUGCGGGAGUCUGGAUGCCGUCAAGGUCCUCGUCCGCAAUGGCGCUUCAGUAACGUACACGAGCAAAAGGGGGUUCAUAAGCUGUUUUCUGGUUGCUGGAACAGAAGCUGUGCGGGAAUGGCUUCUUUGUGGUCGUUUCAAGGGCCAGAUGCAUCUUGCGGCUGAGAGUGAUUCGGAGUGUCUUCAGGAAGAGGUUCCUUGGAGUGGGUACGUGGAAGCGAGGGUAUUGCUUUACGGCGGAAGAGCCCGAUGGCCUGAGGAGUCGGCUUUGGAAUAUGCGAAGAGACUGUCGAAAAUGAAGAAGAGGUGGCAGGGGCAGGUUUUGCGGCUGCACGUCGAAGAAACGGGUUCAUCUUCUGGCACGAAUUCGGAUACUGGAUCUGAAAGUGAAGCGGGAUCCAAUAUGGAUUCUGAGUCUGAGUCUGAUCUUGGGUUAAGGUCUAUGCGCUCACAGCUCAGAUGCGCGCCUUACCUCGUGUCUGUUCCUGGAUCAUGGUCUGAGCUGUGACAGAAAAGAUCAGGAAAGCAAAGAAUAGGUAGCGAGACAGGGAAGCUAGGAAGGAGGCGGUAUAUAAGUCAUGUUUGGAUGAUCUCCUUUGUCACUUUUAUCUUGGUGAUUGUGUUUGCAGAGGAGUGUUUGGUUUGAAGAUCAGCUAAUUUGUAUAGAUAUGCAAAGAAACAGGAAGAAAACAUGGGAAAAUGAAAACAGAUUGACGCCGUGGAUAUGACAAGAGCAGACGAAAGACGUGUGAGUGGAGGAGACCAAGGACAUUUGACAAUUAUGCCAUAAAAACUGAGCAAGGCAGAGAAAACAGUGAGUGUGCUUGCACUGACAGAUGGGUGGUCUGCCAUAUCGGGCCCUAAGGAUGCCGCAUGACCUUUAUGUUUAUCCGUAGGCAUGCAAUCCUAGUGC